AUGGGACCUGCACUUAAGGAAGCCAAACUCGAGGUCGGCGAACAUGAAUACAUGCCGGCAAGUUAUCACUUUGACGCUAAGGAAAUUGGGCUCGCCAGGCAGGCCGCCGAGGAAGAGCAUAAACUCGGUCUCGUUGAUGCUAUUCGCCGAUACCCUAAAGCUGCCCUAUGGUCUAUUCUUGUUUCGACUUCUAUCAUCAUGGAGGGAUAUGAUAUUGUUCUUAUUCAAUCCUUCUUUGCGCAACCUUCCUUCCGCCAGAAGUACGGACAAUAUAUCGAAAGUACAGGUUCUUUUCAGAUCACAGCAUCAUGGCAAAACGGACUCACCAACGCUGUGAGCGUGGGCACAAUCAUCGGGGCCUUUGCCAAUGGCUAUUUUACCCAUCAUUUUGGAUAUCGCAAGGUUCUCCUAGCAUCCCUCAUAGCUAUCUGCGCCUUCAUUUUCAUCUCGUUCUUCUCUCCUAGCCUCCCAGUGCUUCUGGUUGGCCAGUUCUUAUGCGGCAUACCGUGGGGAGUGUUCGCCACCAUGGCGCCGGCCUACGCCUCCGAGGUCUGCCCGAUGGCUCUCCGGGGGUAUCUCGCUAUCUACGUCAAUCUCUGCUGGGCUCUCGGCCAGCUAGUAUCAGCCGGGGUCCAAUCCGGAUUUUCCGGCAUCGAUGGGCAGUGGUCGUAUCGUAUCCCUUUCGCUAUUCAGUGGGCUUGGCCGCUUCCGCUCUUCAUCGUCCUAUGGUUCGCUCCUGAGUCUCCGUGGCACUACGUCAGGGCCGGAGACUACGAGCAAGCUGAAGAGGCAGCUGGUCUCCCCUCAUCCAUCUCAUUCCGAAUGUCUGUUGGCGGGUUAGGCAUCGCUUCUGUGGGCACGGUGGCGAGCUGGUUCCUCCUACAUCGCCUCGGCCGCCGCACCAUCUACCUUUGGGGGCUAGGGCUCUUGACCAUGAUCCUCCUAACGGUUGGCUUCAUCAGUAUAGGCGCUCCUAAUUCCGAAUCAGGGAACUACGCACAAGCCGGGAUGAUGCUAGUCUGGCUGGGUAUCUACUACCUCACAGUCGGCCCCAUCUGCUAUGCAAUCAUCUCUGAGGUUUCUUCGACCCGUCUGCGAAGUAAGAGUGUCUGUCUUAGCCGUAUUACGUACUAUAUCGCUCAGAUUAUCUGCAACAUCAUCAACCCGUAUAUGCUAAACCCUACGGCUGGAGACUGGAAAGGCAAGACCGAUUUACUUUUCUUACGCCGCGUCAAGGCAAAAGAUUUCAAGUCAGCAGAUAUGGAUGUUUUCGUUAGCUCUGAGAACCAGCUAGGUAAACUCUAG